AUGCCAGUGCAUCAUAUGAGGACUUUGGUAGAUCUCCAGGCCAAAUUAAAUGCCGCUGACGCAAAUCGCCUUUUCGUUGUGGAUUUCUUUGCUGACUGGUGCGGCCCAUGUCGAUUUAUUGCUCCUAUUUUUGAAAACUUUUCUUCACGAUUUACGAAUGCCACUUUUGUGAAGGUGAAUGUCGAUCAUUCACCAGACAUUAGCACAUUUUAUGGAAUUCGUGCAAUGCCUACUUUUGUGCUGAUCAAACAAGGGCAGGAAUUGGAGCGAAUACAAGGUGCCAAUCCGCAAGCGCUUGAAGCUGCCAUCAACAAGUAUUACUCCUCUACUCCCGCAAAUCCGAACGCUGCCAAUGAUGAGGAAAAACGAUUUUUGCAACAGUUCAUUAGCAAUGCAGAAAGGGUGAAAUUCUAUACGGAUGAUGUUUAUAAAACUUUAGCAAUUAGUGUUAUCCCUGCAGAAGAACUUAAACGACAAGCUACUGAUGGCAAUGGUGUUUUGAGUAGGCUGCAGUUGAUGAAAGGUAACUUAUUUUUGUUUUACUUAAGUAUUUCUUUCAUCUAUCUUCACUUAUCGCUUAUCAAUAUAGUGUAUUGCUGGAUUGAUUUAGGGCUCUUGAAUUGGUUCAAAAACGAUUUUUUCUCUUGGUGUGACAGCCCUGUUUGUGAAAAGUGUGGAAAUCAAACACCUAAGGGGUCGGGCUUGAAAGGCAGGCUUUUUUCUGCCUUGCUUUGA